ACGAUUACGAUGGCGGCUCUUCGGCAAGCAUCGUUCAACCUGUAUUUCCGCCGACAAAAUUUUGUCAAAUUUUACGCUGGCGCGACCGCCGCCUGUGUACGUUGUGCCGGCCUUUCCUACCAUUGCCCCAGGACGGCCCAUGUUUGUCCGCUUGGCUCGCCUGUGUGUGCGGACAAUUCUCUCCAGCGAUAUUCAGCACCGGCGCUAUGUGCUCAGUCUGUCCGCCGAUGCUCAUCACGAAGCGAAAACAACUUCAAUUUAAUGAAGAAUCCGACCAUAGUGUGGCCAAACGUAAUACUUACGAUCAAGAAUUGGAUACAAACUAUAUUCAUCAUCAAGCCCUACUUGGACGCGACUUUCAACCAACUCGAGUUUCUUGAUGGUGCCAAACAGGUGCCCAAUGUCAUUUGUGUUUGUAGGCAAUGACGUACGUUUCGGUUCUGAUGGCUAAUGGCGACUUCAAAUCCAUGGAAGGCCUGGUCACCAACGAUGUUGCCGCUGCUGCCCAGGCAAACUGCGGCUCCUUGAGUGUCGGACAACGACAGAGACUGGCCGUCAAGUUGUCCGAUGUGUACUUUUGCUUCUUGUAUCAAAUUGGCGUCAUCAUGGACGACAACAGCAAGCAAAGGUGUUUGGAAGCCACUGUUGUCUACCACUACAUGCCUGGAUUAGAAGAGGCGCGGCGAAAUCCCGAAAAUGUUAAGCAGCUUGAAGAUAAGGUCUAUGUUGCCAACUACAGGUUCGUUAAAGAUUGCACUAAAGGUGCAGAGAGUGACUGGACUAUCAAUCAGCUGAACCACUUCAAAAUGGCAGCGGUGCCUUGAGCACUUGUGGAGUUCUGUGCCUGCAAUACGGAAUGUUUGCUGCUGUGAGCUUAUGUAGAUUGAUGCUGGCAACCAUACAGCCAGUUGUAUGUGCAACAGUCAUUAAAAUUUGUGCCUGCAAGAAGUUAUUAUUAUUGCCA